GGGGAUAAGUUCUAAUUCAAUCCAAACCAUUUGAAGAAAAUAACCCUCAAGAUGAAGUUCAUCUAAAACAAAAACUCAAAUAGAACCCAAUGGCUUACUAAUUUGUAAAUGCGGUUGGCGGGUUGGGCUGCUACAUGAGAAUGGAUUAGGAAAUCGCAGUGAAGAUGACUUCUUUACUUCUGGGUCAUAGUUUUUCUCCCCUCCUCAAUCUCGUACUUCAAAGGGUCGCCGUCCGGCGAACCUUUGAAAGAUUGAACCAACAGUUUGCGCCAAUUUCACCCAAACGAAUCCGAACGAGUAGCCGCCGUGGAAACUGCAGCGCCAUCGACUCUACGGUGGUCUCCGACGACAAAAACUACGGGAAUAAACAGAUUAUUAGCGUAACACAGCAGCUAUACGGUUAUAUAUUGUCCAAUGUUAGAGAGCCAGAGAUACUGCGGGAACUUAGAGAAGAGACUGCCUCAAUGCGAGGGAGUCAGAUGCAGGUAUCUCCUGAUCAAGCACAAUUACUAGUGAUGCUUGUUCAGAUACUUGGAGCAGUAAGGUGCAUUGAAGUUGGUGUUUAUACUGGGUAUUCAUCGCUGGCUGUUGCAUUAGUUCUACCGGACUCAGGGUGUUUAGUUGCUUGUGAAAGGGAUGCUACAUCUCUUGAGGUUGCAAGGAAGUACUACGAGCGAGCCGAUGUAUUACACAAGGUACGUAUAGAACAAGGACUAGCAGUUGAUACUUUAGAAUCGAUGAUUCUGAAUGGUGAAGCCUCCAGUUAUGAUUUUGCAUUUGUUGAUGCUGACAAGAAAAUGUACCAGCAAUACUUUGAAUUGUUAUUACAGUUGGUAAGGGUUGGAGGUGUUAUUGUGAUCGAUAAUGUACUUUGGCAUGGACAGGUUGCUAAUUCACAGGUGAAUGACUCGAAGACUGUCAGCAUAAGGGAAUUUAAUCAACGGUUAAUGGAGGACAGCAGAAUCAGCAUGAGCAUGGUGCCCAUCGGUGAUGGUAUGACGAUUUGCCGGAAAUUAUGAGAUUUUCAAAGAGAAGAUUGAAAGCACAUUGUUAUUAUCACCUUGCAAAUCAGGUUUAGGGAGAACACACCAUAUUAAGGUUGGUGGUCAUGUUCAGUCUUUGGGUCAUCUUGAUAAAAAGAACUCAAGGCCUUAAAUCAUUUGGUAUAGAUUUUUUGAGUGAUCAAAUGAAGAGGAUAUUUUGAUAUUUAGAUUGAUAUAUUGAAUUAUUUUAAGAUAAUCCUAGAAAGCGCACUUCAAACAAGGCAAUGGUUCA